AUGAUUAAGACAAAAGGUGUUUUUUUAAUUUUUUUAUUCUUAUUUUAUAAUAAAACUUAUUCUAAAAAAGAUAUUAAUAUUGGAUUUUUAUUUCCAAAAGAUUCAUUAAUUUUAAUAGAACAAACAGGAUUUAAUUUAUCUGGUGGUGUUGUUCCAUUAGCAUUUAAUGCUGUUAAAAAUCAACAUUUACUUGAUGAUUAUAAUUUUAAUUGUUAUGUUGAAUUUGAUGAAUGUAUUCCUUAUAUGGCAGCAGGAAAAACAAUAUCAUUAAUUAUGGAAAAAAAAGUAUCAACAAUAUUUGGUCCAACAUGUAUUGAAGCAUCUAUAAGAUCAACAUUAACAGGUAAAUAUUUUAAUAUACCAUCAUUUGUUUGGGGAACAGCUUCUACAUCAAAUAUUUUAAUUCAUAAUCGUUUUACCAGUUUAAUUCCACUUAAUUAUAUUUUUCCAACUAUAUCUUAUGCUACUUUAACACUUUUAAAUACAUUUAAAUGGAAAACUUUUGCUUUUAUUUAUGCUUCAAAUAUUUAUAAAAGAUGUACAUAUUUAAAGAAAGAUUUUCAAGCAGUUUUCAAUAGUGUAAAAUUUAAUGGUAAUAUUGUUUUUAUUCAUGAAAUUUUAAAUCCUGAAAGUAAUGAUGGUUAUAAUUUUUUUUCUAAAACUGUUAAAAGUAAAGCAAGAAUAAUUGUAGGUUGUUUUGAUAAUGAUAUAUGGAAAAGAAAAUUAAUGUUAUCAAUGUAUGAUAAUGGUUUAAAUUCAAAUGAAUAUGUUUUAAUUAUUAUUGAUCUUAAAAAUUUAGGUAUUUAUGCUAAUAAAAAUGAUGAAAAUGGUACACCAUAUAAAAUUUAUCAAGAUAUUGUUAUACCAAAAGAUAAAAGAGAUAGAAAUGCUUAUGAAAUUGCUAAAAGAACAUUAUUUAUUGAUUUACCACAUUUUCAUUCAGAUUCAUUAAAUAUUAAUGAUAAAAUACUUAAAGGAAUAAUGGAUUGGCCAUUUUAUUGUAAAGAAUGUUAUAAUUCAUCUUAUACUAAACCAUCAGCUUAUGGUCCAUAUCUUUAUGAUGCUAUAAUAUUAUGGGCAUCUAUUUUAAAUAAAACAUUAUCAAUUUAUGGUGAAAAUGCAAUUAAUAAUUCUAUAUUAUUUAAAAAACAUUGUGAAGGUAAAUAUGAAGGUAUGACAGGAAUCUUAAGAUAUACAAAUGGUUGUCUACGUAUGCCAACAUAUAAUUUAUAUGGUUUUGAUGCUGAUGGUAAUGAAAAUAUAUAUAUGAGUUUUGCAUUUGAACAAUAUAAUUUAUUAAAUGUUACAUUAUAUUAUAAUAAUCCUGAAAUAAGUAUUUUUGAAAAUUGGGAUAAUACAAUACCAUUAAAUGUACCAAAAUGUGGUUAUACAAAUAAUUUAUGUAAAAAAAAUAUAUUUGAACAGUAUAAAAGUAUUGUUAUAAUUGUAUCUAUUACUUUAGGAUUACUAAUAUCAGUAUUAUUUUUUAUUCUUGCAUAUUUUAUAUAUAAAUCAAAUGUUAAAAAAAAUUUUGAAUUAAAUAGAUGGAUAAUUUAUAAUACUCAAUUAACACAAACAACAAAAAAUGAUUUAAAUAUUAAUAAUAAAAUUAAUUCAAGUAUAUCAAAUUUAUCAUGUAAAAGUGUUUCAAACUCAAAUUCAAAUUCAAAAUAUAAUUUUUUUUUAUAUUUAAAUAAAGUAGUAGUUGGUGAGAAACAUAAUAUUAGAAUAACAAUAACAAAAGAUAUUAGAAAUGAAUUAAAUUGUAUAUUAAAUUUUAAUUGUACAGGAAUAAAUAAAUAUUUUGGUUGUUGUAUUAAUGAUUAUGAAGUAAUAUCAAUAUGGAAUUAUUGUAAUAGAGGAAAUUUAUUUGAAAUUUUACAAACUGAUUGUAAGAUGUUUGAUACAUUUUUUAGUAUAAGUUUAAUUAAAGAUUUAAUUAAAAGUUUGGUAUAUAUUCAUAAUAGUCCAAUAGAAUUUCAUGGUUCACUUACAUCAAAAAAUUGUCUUAUUAAUCAUCAUUGGCAAUUAAAAUUAUCUAAUUUUGAUUUAAAAGAACUUCGAAAAAAAUGUCCAAUAUCUUUAGUAAAUAAAUUAUGGAUUGCUCCAGAACAUUUAAAAAAAUUUGAAUAUGUUACAUCAAAAAAAGGUGAUAUAUAUAGUUUUGGUAUAAUUGUAAGUGAAAUAAUAACACGAAAAGAACCAUGGAAUUAUAAAAAUAGAAAAGAAAGUUUAGAAGAAUUAUUAUAUCUUAUAACUAAAGGUGGUAUUAAUAGACCAAAAUUUAAUUUAGAUAUUGAAAAAAAUAUAGAAGUUAAUUCAUUUAUAAUAGCAUUAAUAAAUAAUUGUAUUGAGGAAGAAAUUGAUAGAAGACCAUUAAUUCAUAAGAUAGAAAAACUUUUUGAAGAAACAUUUAAAAAUGAGUCAAAAAAUUUAAUGGAUCAUGUUUUUAAAGUUUUAGAAGAACAAUCAGUUACAUUAAAACAAGAGAUUGAAAAUCGUUCUCGUGAUUUGGUUGAGGAACAAGCAAAAAUUGAUUUAUUAUUAAAAAGAAUGUUACCACGUAGAGUGGCAGAAUGUUUAAAAUCAGGAAAACAUGUUGAACCAGAAAAUUUUGAAUCUGUAACAGUAUUUUUUUCUGAUUUAGUUAAAUUUACAAAUUUAUCAAAAAAAUGUUCACCAUUUCAAGUUAUUAAUUUAGUAAAUGAACUUUAUAGUUUAUUUGAUAAUGCUAUUGAAGAAUUAGAUGUUUAUAAAGUUGAAACUAUAGGAGAUGGUUAUUUAUGUGUAUCAGGAUUACCAGAAAAAAAUGGUAAUUUACAUGGUCAUGAAAUUGCUUUAUUAAGUUUAAAAUUUAUCCAAAUAUGUGAUAAUUUUUUUAUACCACAUCUUCCAAGUGAAAAAAUUAUGAUUAGAAUUGGUUGUAAUACAGGAUCAUGUGUUGCUGGAGUUGUUGGUUUAUCUAUGCCUAGAUAUUGUCUUUUUGGUGAUACAAUUAAUAUAGCUUCUAGAAUGGAAAGUAAUGGUAAACCAGGUAAAAUACAUAUAACUGAAUCAUAUUAUCAAUUAUUAAAUGAAUUAGGUGGUUUUAUAACAGAACCAAGAGGUGAAAUUAUUAUUAAAGGAAAAGGUGUAAUGUCAACAUAUUGGUUAAUAGAAAUGAUUGGUGAAUGUAAUAAUGAAUUAAAUUAA